UUCAACAAUUUCGUUUCUACUGAUGAAUCUCACUAUCUCACACACCGAACUUUUACUUUGAAAAGCGCAAACCGGAAGUAAGCUACAAGAUCCUGGCGUGCGUCUCAAAAAGUUUCCUCUGUAUCUUCAGCUACCUCUUAACCGUUUUCGUUGGUUAGAUUGUUAGAAUUCUCAAAAUACCAAAUGAACAGACACGUAGAGGAUGAUUCAUAUGAGAUAGAGGAGCCAAGUGAUGAAGAAAGAGCUGAAGACAGCUCUGAGGAUGAGCUGGAAGUGCUCUUGAACGGGACCCCGGAUCAGAAGAAGAAACUCAUCCGAGAAUACCUCACUGGGGAGAGUGAGUCCUCCAGUGGGGAUGAGUUUGAGAAAGAGAUGGAGGCAGAGCUCAGCACCACCAUUAAAACUAUGGAGUGCAAAUGGUUUCCCCUUACAGCAUCAGCAGGGGAGACUUCGGGUACCAAUGAUAAUGCUUCAACACCUGGGUUGCCAGAGCUUUAUGACAAUGUUUAUUUUGACUCCGAUUCAGAAGAGGAGGAAACGGCUCCAAGUAGUUCGUUGGAUAAGAGAUGCAGGAAACAGCGAUCCAUCCCCACCAACGAUGAACUACUGUAUGACCCUGAUGAGGAUGACCGGGAUCAGGCAUGGGUGGACGCCAAGAGGAAGAGGUACAAUGAAAAGAGAAGAUUGCCAUCUUCACAGAACAGAAGAGGGCAGUCCCAGGGGCUUCCAAGCAGCGAUGCUGUCCUUAACUGCCCAGCAUGCAUGACCAUGCUGUGCCUCGACUGCCAAAGGCAUGACAAAUACAGGACCCAAUACAGAGCCAUGUUUGUCAUGAACUGCACAGUAAACAAAGAGGAGAUUUUACGGUACAAAACACUCAACGAGAACAAUCUGAGGAACAGAAAGAGGAAAGGGCGUCAACCAGAGCCAACAACGGCAAUUGAAGCCACAGAUUCAGGAGUGGUGGUGGGUGGAGAGAUCUACCAUCCUGUCCAGUGCACAGAGUGCUCAACUGAGGUGGCAGUGCUCGAUAAGGACGAGGUCUACCACUUUUUUAACAUCCUCGCCAGCCACUGCUAAAAUGACUGUUGCUGAGACCUUUGAUAUCUCUGUAAAAACAUUUGUUACCUGAAUGCACAUGCCAACAUAUUUUUGUGUUAUAAUUGCCUGAAUGCACAUGCCAAUGUAUUUUUCUGUUAUAAGACAGGUGUGUAUUUUGUAAAGGUAUGCUGUACAGCCACUGUCCUCCAACGUGAUAUUAAAUUUACCCCUAUGGUAUUUAUUGUAUUUUUCUUGGUAUUUUAUAUAUAUAUAUAUUAUUUGUGUGUGUGUGUGUGUGUGUGUGUGUGUGUGUGCAACAAAUCUACUUAUUUUGUUUUUCUGAAGUUGGACUUGGCUACCACAGAUAUUUGGUCAUUAGUACAUAUCAAAAUAAAAUGUUUUUAAUAUUUUGUAGCUAAA